AUGCAGCAGACUCUGAGCCCUCACACCACUACCAGCACAACCACUACCACCACCACCACCACCACCACCACGAGCGAAAGCGUCCAGCAGCAGCAGCAGCAGGAGGCGGUGGCGUCGUUUAUGAUCGGCUCGUUUGGCGCCACGCCACAGCGGUGCUCAUCUUCGGAACCAUUGACUCGCCCCUUCUUCCCCUCCCUCCUUCCUCCCCCUCCUCCCCUCUUCCCCCCUCCCCCUUCCCGCAGCACAACCACUACCACCACGAGCGAAAAUGGGCAACCCCAGCCGCAGCAGCAGCAGGAGGCGGUGGCAUCGUUUAUGAUUGGCUCGUUUGGCGCCACAGCGGUGCUCAUCUUCGGAACCAUUGACUCGCCCCUCUCACAGCCCCGAAAUGUGGUCCUCGGGAGUGCCGUCUCUGCUCUCAUUGGCGCGCUUAUAGCAGAGAUCUUCUCUAUAGGCGGGCUCGCGUUUCCCAAUACGUCCUGGCUGUGGCUACAGUGCGGGCUUGCGGUUUCCUUAUCCAUAGUGGUUAUGCAGCUGCUGCGUAUCGUCCACCCCCCUGGGGGUGCUUCGGCCCUGAUUGCUGUCAUGUCGCCUCCCUCCCUGCGUUGCCACGGCUUCUUUGUGCUCACUCCCGUGCUGCUGGGAGUGUGUAUCAUGCUCGCUGUCGCUCUCUUGGUCAACAACAUCGCCAGACAGUACCCCCUGUACUGGUGGCGGCCAAUCAUCCUGGACAUUCCCGUGCCUGAAGGCUCCACAUUCCACUCCCUGUGCUCACUCACCCACCUGUGCUCUUUCCCCACUCCUUCCCACUUCCACCCCACUCCUCCAACCAGGUACCCUCUGUACUGGUGGCGGCCAGUUAUCCUGGACAUUCCCAUGCCUGAGGGCUCCACACACCACUCCGCCUGCUCACUCACCCACCUGUGCUCUUUCCCCUCUCCUUCCCACUUCCACCCCACUCCUCCCACCAGGUACCCCCUGUACUGGUGGCGGCCAGUUAUCCUCGACAUUCCCGUGCCUGAAGGCUCCACACAUCACUCGGCGGUGACAGCAGGCGAGGCAUACCACACAAUACAGCACCUGCACGCCAUGCACUCCCCCGUGCACCACGCCUCUUCCCAGCUGCCCUCCCAACAGCCCUCUCAACCGCCCUCUCAGCUGCUGCCGCUGUGCCUGCCUUCAAGCGAUGCACAGCGCGUCCACGCCGUACACUCCCCUGUGGAGCCUCUCGUGCAACCCCUCGUGCAACCCUCCGUGCAUCCCCCCGUGCACCACGGUAUGGGCCAUGCCGCGGGCCAUCGCAACAGCAACAGCAGCAGCAGCAGCAGUGCGCGAGACCAUGGCAUUCAUGUGACUGCAGGCGAGGCGUACCACACCAUUCCGCACAUCCAUGCCGUUCAUUCCCCCGUGCACCAUGCCAUGCCACAUCAGCCCCUCGGCCUCCACUCAACCAGUGACGCUGCGACAGCUGGCGAGCCGCUUCACAGGGUAGGGAACACCCAUCCGCCGCCAGCGCUUUCACAGCAUGUCCAUCCUCAGCAAUCAUCAACGGUGCAGAGCGGUUCAGAUGCUGAAGAGGACAGGCCGGCUAGUCGUGUUCAUGGCGGCACGGCGUACAUACAAGGAGGUCGUGCGAGAGAGGAAGCGUGUAACCAUGCUGGUUGCGCGUGCACGCAGCAGGGCACGCAGAUGGCGACCGCGGCAGAAGCAUUGGCAGCAGAGCUCACCUUUCGUGGCGGGCCGUUCCGCCACGUCAGCAACUCCGCGGUGCGCCACGUCAGCGUUCCCUCGCUGUCACCAGCAGCAUCGUGA